AAGCGUUAAAGUCGGUUAUUCAAAAUGGAGGUUUAAAAAGACAUGGAUAAAAAUGGUGGGGUUUUUACAAGACGUACGACAUGAGCUAUUUCUUUUUCUUCUUUUUGUUCUUCGUACACAGUUCGCAUUCGGAAAAGCUUGUGGCCCGAGUGAAUAUAAAUCAGCUGCUGGAGAAUGUUGCCCCAUGUGCAAUAUUGGAUCAGUUGUUCACCGUGACUGUAGUGGGGACUUUAGUACCACGUGCAAACCCUGCACUCCAGGAACAUUCAUAAGUGAGCCUAAUGGGCUUCAUAAAUGUUUCACAUGCAGAAACUGUGUUGAAAGUCAAGGCCUUUACAUCCAGCAUAAAUGCACUACAAUAGAAGACACCAUCUGUGGUAUACUUGAUGAAUAUUACUGCAUUGAUUACUCAAAUUUACAGUGUAGUCACGCUCAAAAACACAGUGUUUGCAAACCAGGACAAGAAACAAAAACACCAGGAACAAAGACAUCAGAUGCAGUAUGUGUGGACUGCCCUCAUGGGUUUUAUUCUCCAUCAGGUCUGAACUGCACCAAAUGGACUGAUUGUUCAGCUAGGAAUGAAAUUGAGACAGAAAAUGGCAGCUCUGUUAAAGAUGUCACAUGCACAACGAAAAAGCGGGAAAGAUAUGGUCUCAUUUUUGCAAUAGUCUUAACAUCAUUAUUCUACAUAAUUCUAUACAUUGCCCCACUGAGCACAAGUUGUAAACUUAAAUAUCCUAUUGAAGAAACAAAUCCUGCAACCCAAGACAACACAGCACAACCCAAAAACAACACACUGCAAGAGGAACAAGUUGCUUCCCAAGAAUCUGUCACACCACCUGAUUAUAGAAGUGUGACAUUGCAUUCUUCUCCGUCUGCUGUGACCUUGCCGUGGUGGAGAAGCUUGAGUUCUUCCAGCACCUUGACAACUGUGAGAGCAUGUUAACCACAGCAGUGUAAUCACAUCUAGGAGGACAAACUAACAACAGCAAGCACCUAUACAGACCUACUCAUCCCUGACACUACAACAAAUAGACUGCAUUUGAAAUACCAUACUGUAAGAAGACCAACUACUUCUGUCGGGAGAACAGGGCUAAUGCAAACCUUUUCUCAGUGACUGUUUACAAAGGUUGUAUUUCGAAGUCAACGUCUAGACAGCUAAAAGUGAUUGAUAAAACGGCUAAAAUGGAAAAGGUCACAUGCACAUACAAGUAUCAG